AUGCCCGGAGGAUUCGCAGACAUCAUUAAUAGGGACUCUGAUGUACAGAUCCAGCGGUUCUGCCAUCUGCCACCAACCCCUAAAAACCAAGCUCUGACCUGUGAGCUAACCGAAGCAGAUGCCACUACAAAGCGGAAGGGCAGACUCCAGAGGGUGAUGCACUCCUGCCCGGGUGGUGAGAUGAGGAACUCUAACCAGGCCUCCCUCUCUUUCAGGAUUCUGGACUUCCGACGAGUGCCGCCAACAGUGGGGAGGCUAGUCAAUGUCACCAAGGAGAUCCUAGAGGUCACCAAGAAUGAAAUCCUGCAGAGUGUUUUCUUUGUCUCUCCAGCCAGCAACGUGUGCUUCUUUGCCAAGUGCCCCUACAUGUGCAAGACGGAAUACGCUGUCUGCGGCAACCCACACCUGCUCGAGGGCUCCCUCUCUGCCUUCCUGCCAUCCCUCAACCUGGCCCCCAGGCUGUCUGUGCCCAACCCCUGGAUCCGCUCCUACUCGCUGGCAGGAAAAGAGGAGUGGGAGGUCAAUCCACUCUACUGCGACACAGUGAGACAGAUCUACCCAUACAACAGCAGCGGGCGGCUCCUCAAUGUCAUCGACAUGGCCAUCUUUGACUUCUUGAUAGGAAAUAUGGAUCGUCAUCAUUAUGAGAUGUUCACCAAAUUUGGGGAUGAUGGGUUCUUUAUUCAUCUUGACAAUGCCAGAGGGUUUGGGCGACACUCCCACGAUGAGCUCUCCAUCCUCUCGCCACUGUCCCAGUGCUGCAGGAUAAAAAAGAAAACACUUUUGCACCUGCAGCUGCUGGCCCAAGCGGAGUACAGACUCAGCGACAUGAUGCGGGAGUCACUGCUAGGAGACCAGCUCAGCCCUGUCCUCACAGAGCCCCACCUUCUUGCCCUGGAUCGGAGACUCCAAAUCGUGCUGAGGACAGUGGAGGAAUGCAUAGAAGCCCAUGGAGAGCAGAGUGUCAUAGCCAAUGGCCCAGCAGAACAGUCAGCCCUAGACUCCAGCCCAACUAAUUUGACAAACUAGGACUGGACAAGUCAAACUGCUGGAGACAGCAGUGGACUCCCAAGUGUGAACACUGCUCCUCACGUCCCCCCAUCAAUAUUGGGGUCUUGCGUCAUGAGCUCAGGAAGCAAGUAGCAGGGCACUGGGAUGACUUUGAGCAAAGGAAGUGGGAUGCACUGAACUUUCCUCCUGGGUACACUGCUCCUCUAGUGGACCGCCUCGGCUUCCUCUUGCCCAGAAGGCACUGCCUCCUCAAGGCCACAAACCACCUCCUGAGCCCGCUAGGGAAUCUGGAUACAGGUCAGGCUUGGAAGGUUUGGAAGCCUUGUCCCAGGACAGAGUAUUAACUGUACCAAAUUAAAGGACAUCAAAUGGACA